GCAGGCAAAGCACGCCAACGAGAGAGAGGAAGCUGCAGCCAGUGGCGCCGACGAGCCUGCGCAAGGCAUCGUUGAUCCAGGAUUGGUUGUAACCAAGCUCACCGACAUCGCAAAUGCUGGCGAUGAGGAGGUCGCAGUGGAGGACGCAACCAGAUUCCACGGCGACGACGUGCUCUUCAUCAAGAGCAGCGGCGACGACGGGCACACCGAGCACAACAGGGUGAAGGUGGUUGUCAGUGGAGAAGCCGGCAACGUUCUCCAGCUGGUGGAGAAGCUGAAGCACACUUACCAACCAGAAUCGACCGAGGUUCAGCUGGUCAAGAAGACCGCGCGGCGAUGCCCACAUUUGCCUUGGGGAGAACUGCGGAGGACGUGCCUGAGGGAAUGCGCACCAUGAGGAGUUCAAUGGCCCAGCAAAUAUCCAGGAAUUUUAUGGAGUUUGCCUUUAAAGGCUUCGAAUAUGGUUUGGGCAAGACAUGUGUGGAUUUGGAGCUUGGAUGUGGGUAAGCUGUGAUCUCGCUAUGUAUCUGAGGCCCUAAAACGAGCGGUCCAGAUGGCUUCGCCCUCUGCCGCCAGCCCUCGCUCAUGGACUGGUGGUUGGGAUGACGUCGAGUCGGACAUGUCUGUGGGCAUUUGGGCUAUCCCUGGAAGCCUGGCAGUGGUAUUUGUGUAUGUGUGUGUGUGUGUGCUUGCGUGCGUGUGUGGUGAACAUUGUAUUCGUCCUUGUACGUUGUGAGCAUCACAAAUGGAUUGUGUUACCGUAGUGUGGAUCAGCCCGAGGGAGUCUGGGGGCCGGCUCCCUUAGGCCCUAGAUACAAUUAUGCUUGCCUAGCGUUUGUGGAUGUCGACCAACCCGUCUAUUCCGAGAGCGGUUUGGGCGUUUUUUUUGCGUGGAUCCUUGGGGGUGGAAAGAGUGUGGGGAUGCUGUUUGGCUCCAUUACUUCGGACCUGGCCCCAACGAAGCGAAGUGCGCUCUUCUCAUCUCAGCUCGCUUUCGGAUCAGGUGCAUUACUCUUUGUGUGGUCCAGGUGCUGAACGUGCAGGAAGAUCGCGUCUUAUGGGCAUCGUUGACGCAAGCAACGCUGGUGGCACAUGCUGCAGCACUGGGUACGCAGAGAGUUGUAGAGGGGUUUAUCCGCGCAAGUUCAUAUAACAACUAAGGUGAAGAUGCUACCUGCCUGCUGUUGCCAGGCAUCUCUGACUGCGUCAGUGUCGUAGCUAGGACGAACUAGUGAGGCGGCAAUCGGGACUGGACUUCCUCUGGCAGCUGUGGGUAAGAUGCCCCUUUCCAACCUUAUCAGCUGUCUCUGUACAGCCAAAGGAGCUUAGCAGUUCCCCGCCUGUUUCACCGACAAGAAAGGCAUCGUUUUCUGUGAUGCGUGCGGCGUGCUUGUCUUGCAUCGUUGCUUCAAGGCACAUCGCAGCCCGCGGCCCACUCUGAGAGCUGACUUUGGACUCGGUUGGAUCAAGAGAGGGGUG